ACUUAGACAUUCAUUCACCUCAGCGGAGCUCAAUACUGCGCUGGACGGGCGAUCGCCAUUUUCAGCCAUGCCAAUUCCCAAAGACAAAGAUCAACAAAUACUAAGGUUUUGACUUAAAUAUCCUGCAAUAUUUCCAUUAGCAAGAAAACUAGCUGCUGAUUCUCACAGCGCUCAUGGCUCUGAAAAGCUCAUUAUUAUCAUUGGCAUACGCUUUGGUCCUCGCGCUGAAUCUACUCUUAAUCCCAUCCGAGUCGGCGGCACCGCAAGCCUUUCGGAGAGAUCCGGGACAUCCUCAGUGGCACCACGGAGCCUUCCAAGACGUCAGAGAGAGCGUCCGAACCGAUGUCCGUCGCUUGCUCCAUACUCGCGCCGAGGUUCCAUUCCAGGUUCCACUUGAAGUAAAUGUAGUCCUCGUUGGUUUCAAGGGGGACGGAGGCUAUAGGUACAAGGUAGAUGAUCACAAAUUGGAAGAGUUUCUGAGGGUCAGCUUCCCGACUCACAGGCCCUUGUGCUUAGAGACCGGCGAGCAUCUCGAUAUCGAGCAUCAUGUUGUUUUUAACGCAUUUCAUGCUGGACAGCCGGAACUUAUAGCACUUGAGAAGGCACUGAAAGAGGCCAUGGUUCCUGCUGGAACUGCAAGAGAGACUGAUUAUGGAAGAGAGGUCCCUUUAUUCGAGAUAGAUGCAACCGCUGUUGAACCAGUAUUUGAGAAGCUAUAUUCGUACAUAUUUGACAUGGACAAUGUUAGAUAUUCCGCUGCGGAGAUGGAUAGACCUGUGCCGAGUGCAAUAUUUAUCGUCAACUUCGACAAGGUGAGAAUGGAUCCUAGGAAUAAGGAAAUUGAUCUCGGACAUUUAAUGUAUGACAAACUUACCCAGCUAACAGAGGAAGAUAUUAAAAAUCAAGAGGGUGGCUACAUAUAUCGUUAUCGGUAUAAUGGUGGAGGAGCAUCCCAAGUUUGGCUCGGCUCUGGCAGAUUUGUUGUGAUCGACCUCUCAGCGGGCCCAUGCACUUAUGGAAAGAUUGAGACUGAAGAGGGGAGUGUUAGUGCUAGAACAUUGCCACGCUUACAGCAAGUGAUGCUUCCAAGAGGUUUAGGUCCAGCUAGUGGUCAUUCUUCCCAUGAUAUAUUCAUUGGACAACUUGCCUCUUUGAUAUCGACCACAGUUGAGCAUGUUAUAGCUCCGGAUGUCAGGUUUGAAACUGUUGAUCUGGCAACGAGGUUGCUUGUACCUAUCAUUGUCCUGCAAAAUCAUAAUCGAUAUAAUAUUAUGGACAAAGGUCACAAUUACAGUAUUAAUAUCAAAGCAAUUGAGGCAGAGGUUAAGAAGAUGGUUCAUGAUGGACAAGAAGUAGUUAUAGUUGGAGGUUCACAUUCAUUACAUCGCCAUGAGAAGUUGGCUAUUGCUGUUUCAAAGGCAAUGCGAGGCCAUUCCCUGCAAGAAACAAAGAAGGAUGGGCGUUUCCAUGUUCAUACGAAGACAUAUCUGGAUGGUGCCAUUCUUAAAGAAGAGAUGGAACGAUCUGCUGAUGUGCUUGCUGCAGGUUUGCUUGAGGUGGCUGAUCCAUCUCUUUCAAGUAAAUUUUUCCUCCGCCAGCACUGGAUGGAUGAAUCUGAGGGGUCAAGUGAUUCCAUACUAAAACAUAAACCUCUUUGGGCUACUUACGACUCAAAACACGGCAAGAAGAAAAAGAAAACGGAAAAGAAACAGGGGGAUCUAUACCGGACUUAUGGAACAAGAGUAAUUCCUGUUUUUGUGCUAUCAUUAGCUGAUGUGGAUGCUCAACUUAUGAUGGAAGACGAAAGUCUCAUAUGGACAAGCAAUGAUGUUGUCAUUGUACUUGAGCAUCAAAGUGAAAAGAUACCUCUGAGUUACGUUUCAGAAACGGAGAGAAGGCAUGCUAUCCCAUCACAGGCACAGCGUCAUAUAUUGGCAGGGCUUGCCUCUGUUGUGGGUGGAUUGAGUGCACCAUAUGAGAAGGCUUCUCAUGUACAUGAAAGGCCAGUUGUGAAUUGGCUUUGGGCUGCUGGUUGUCAUCCGUUUGGACCAUUCUCAAAUACUUCUCAAAUUAGUCAAAUGCUGCAAGACGUUGCAUUGAGGAACUCAAUAUAUGCACGUGUAGAUUCUGCACUUCACAGGAUCCGUGAUACCUCAGAGGCUGUAGAAGCUUUUGCUGCAGAUCACCUCAAAACUUCACUUGGUGAACCAGUCAAGGGCAAGAAGAACAAGACAACCACUGAGCUCUGGUUGGAGAAGUUUUACAGAAAAACAACUAACCUGCCAGAACCUUUCCCUCAUGAAUUAGUUGAACGUUUAGAGAAGUACUUAGAUAGCCUUGAGGAACAGCUUGUAGAUUUGUCUUCCUUGUUAUAUGAUCACCGGUUACAUGAUGCACAUUUUAACAGUUCAGAAAUUCUACAGAGCUCCAUGUUUACCCAGCAGUAUGUAGAUCAUGUCUUAGCCAGUGAAAGGGAAAAGAUGAGGUGCUGCGAAAUCGAGUUCAAAUAUCCGGUGCAAUCCUCCCAAACUUACAUCUACGGGGGCAUUCUUAUUGCUGGAUUCUUUGUAUACUUCCUUGUCAUCUUCUUUUCCAAUCCCGUGCGCUGACUUUAAUACUUACUCUCUAUGGAAUACACACCAAUUUUUCAAAGCUCAGAUGCUCACAUGUAGAAGAAAUGCAUUUUUAAAAUCUGACAAGAAUUUUGAC